CAAAAUGCCAUGAUUGAAGAGUUGUAACGAUCCCUCAUUUGUAAACUAGCAUGUGAAAACAAAAUAGAUUACUUCCAGAGAUUAAAACACUACGGACCUUGCAACGUCGCGCAGGCAGGAGGGCAGAGAGCUUCGGCGGGUUCCGUGCGAUGUUUGCACCACACAAUGCUAAAAUAAAAGUGUAAACAAACAUGGUACCCACGUGUCUUCCAUGUUGCGAGGCGAUGGAUUGCUAAAAAAGAUUGAAACAAGAAAAAUGUGAAAAAUGCAAAACCUGUGCUAGCAAAUGAUUAGCUUAGUUUUAUCAAAGCCAACAGAUAUUGUUUUCGAGAUGGUCAACAUUAGAAAUUUUCCGUCUAAUUCCAUAUCGGUGCACUUCCCUCUUCUAUAUUUGCAUGGCGAUAUUGAAAACUUUUCUUCUAAAUAUAUCGAAUGUCAUAAUAAAACGUUAUCUUCAGAGAUCCAGUGGCCAGUAGUUAAAAAUGAGUUUAAAUUGUUUACUUUUUUAAAACAUGGAAGAAAUGAUAUCGUAAUAUUCUCUGAUGAUGAAGAAUUCUCACUAACUGCAACUUACAUUAAACAGGAACAAACAAGGUAUGUACUUCCUGUCUAUAUCAUUUGUGCUGAGUCGGAUGGAACAUUUCUUUCUCCAAAAAAUGUAAACAACUCUGUGGAGGAGGCAGUGAGAAAGAUUCAAUUAAAUACUCGAUUGAUACAAACCUUUAUAGCUGAAUCCUUGUGGGAGAAUGGCUUCGAUAGACACACUUUUUAUUUACCAGAAGACAAAGAUGGUCAGGCAACUGUGAAAAUAUUUAACAGCAAACUUAAGUUAGAGGAUACAAAGAGUAUGAAUCCAAGUGAUUUGUAUAGCUACUUUUGUAAAGAAAUCAAUUCAUCCUUUCCAGGAGAUCCCUGUUGUAAAUAUUUGUGUUUUAUGUCAUGUACACGAUACUUUCCACCAAGCGACGAAACAUUUGACAAGAAAUACAUUAUGUCAUACGUUCGAGGACAUGCUGCAUUGGGUGGGGGUAAUAUGGCACUAUUUGGCACUGGUUCUUUUCACACGUGGGCUAGUAAUUUGGAAGAGUUAUAUUCAAAAUUUACUGAUACUAGUUUAAUUGACAGAUCCAAAGAGUUUGAUGACAGUUGUGGAAGGGGAACGUUCUGGGCAAAUUAUUCCACAACUUUGGGUGCAACUAUUCAUGAACUUGGUCAUUGUUUUGAUCUACCACACACACCACAUGGAAUCAUGUGUCGUGGCCAUGAUGAUAUGAACUGUUUUUACACUGUCGUCGAACCCUUCUUAGAUCGUUGCCGAGCAGUAGUUGCACAGAAUAGCAGUUUGGAUGACACUGGUAAAUAUAAAGGAGCACAUUGGCAUCGAGCUUCUGCUGUUGUUCUGCGCUAUCACAAGUGGUUAAAUCCAACACACUCUGUUCCUACUCAACUCUCCAAACCUUCCAUGAGUUUACAUCCCAAUCUACUGGGACCAGUUGGAAAUAGUGGACCAUGUUGUCAAUCAAAUCAAAAAGCCUUUAAUUCAAAAAAAUGGCUGGACAGUCAAGAUUUAACACUCAGUGGUAUUGUGUUUUAUCAUAGUGAAUAUUUGUACGGUAUGCAGUUUUUAGGUGUGAAAAAGUAUAUGCAAAAUGGAGAGUGGCAUUGUAAAGGCUCAGAGGUUGCAUCAGGUGUACAUGGCUCUGCACCGCCUUCAGCCGUGAAAACAGUUCUGCGACUUGAUCAUCCAACUGAAAAAAUUACAGCAAUUAAAAUCCGCUCUGGUGCUUGGAUAGAUGGAAUUCAGAUUAUGACCAAUUUGAAAUCAUCUACAUGGCUUGGUGGUACAGGCGGUGAUCAGUGUUUGUUUACGUUUUCGUGCGAUCGUAACAUCGAAUCUUGGUGUGGUACCGCCGGAGAGUUUGUUGGUUCACUAGCUUUUAGUGUAAAUGAGGAUUUGCAUUGUUCAGUCGAACAAUCAGCUGUAACAUUUAAUUCAACCACUGGUAUACGUUUGUUUCGAGUGUGCGAUGAUAUUGGUGAAGUCAGCUAUUUCGAAGAAUACACAGACGACCCUCCACCACAGACAAUCUCUAUUGAUCUAACAAAAAUAUUUCGCGAAAAAACAAAGAAAAUCGAUGGAGCAGUUUUUGAUGACGAUGGAGAGAAACUAGAAUUUUCAUUAAGUUCGUUAGAUUUAGACUUAUUAAGUCAUUUAUGAAAAGGAACGAUAUAACUUAACCUUAUUCUGUCCGGAGGGUCUGCCGGUUUUUUUUAAAACCCUUUUUUCGCUAUGCCGCGUGGUUUCGAUACUUACUGUGUUUUUAAAUUUAUCUGCCAAAUAUUUAGGUCUCAUACCCCUCUAAAAACCUCUAUGAAAUCCUUAUAAUCGGGUAAAUAUAAUAACUUUCGUUAGGAAUAUCCUUAGGACUUGAAACUUACAAGAGAACUUAAUUUCGUCGGGGGGAAUCUUCCUGAGAAAUCUGUUUAAGUGAAUAAUCCGAUUACCUGAUUUUUUCGGAUUUUACCCGAAAAUCGUGAAAAAAACGGAUUUUUAAAUUUUGGCCUUUAUUCAUACGAACUAUGUGAAAACCAGAAAAUAUGUUAAAUAACUUUUAAUUGGCUGUCAGAACCUCUAACAGAAUGCAAAAAUUCGGUCUAGAACUUAAGUAAUUGAAUUUUAAGCAGAUUUUAGCCAUAUUUUAUGUUUCCGAUGACGUCACAGAAAAAGUGCUGACAUAAGCAAAACUUUAUGUGUCGAAUUUGAUUCAAGAUGGACAAGGCUGUUAAAUGUUAUGGAGUUGGGGACGGAAUCAUAAUAUGUUCGAAAUACCCAGGACAAGACUUAAUCCUAUUCAAGAUUAAGUCUUGUAACUUAAGUCUUGUAACUUAAGUCUUGUAACUUAAGUCUUGUAACUUAAGUCUUGUAACUUCAAUUGUGGACACAAUGUAAUGAAACACCAUGCGAAAUAUAAUUAUGCCAAAAAAGCUAAUAGUGAACCGGUGGGAUACCGCUUCCUCCUUUGUCUAUGUUGGUUUCAUGCCGUAAAAAUCAUUUCAAACAAACCAAUAUCUUUCGGACAUCCUGAGACAACAUUGAAGUGAGGGAAAGAUGAAAUUUAGUAGACGUUACAUUAAUUCGAUCCGUGAUUGUACAACUCACAUUUAUAUUCAUGCGCAUUUAUGUUCAUGCGAAUAUUAUAUUUCAAUUUUAUUUUACAUAGGACUGUGAAUAAACAAAGUGCUUUAUUCUGAUUAUUAUAUGUGCACUGGGUUGGUGCAUGUGAUGCUGUGGAAUUAAAUUUAUAUUUUGUCUAGGAUUGUAGGAACUAAAUAAAUUCAUUGGAUAGUUUAGCAUAACCUUAUUUUCUCAGUCCUUAUAGCGUUUAUAUACAUUUAAACUCAGACGCUUUUUAGAAUAUUUUAACUAUUUUAUUUAUAUUUUACAUAUAUAUUUAUAUUAUUUUUGUGGAUUUUGUGGAUUCAUUCUUGGUUAAUGUGAGAUCAAAUAAUAUUAAAUGUCAAAGAAGAAAAAAGGCUUUAAUAACAGCUUCAUCGAUGUUUACAACCUGUUUUCCAGGUCUCCUUUAAAGUAAUGGUGUGUUCCACACCCGGUAUUUGUAUGUUAAAGAAUGGGUUGGGGUUGUUUUGUGACUUUUUAACAUUUCCGUGAUGCAGUUUUUAUGACGAUUUUUUUUGUUGUUGUUGUUUUUAAAUAUGUUGACCUGUUUACUUCCACACAAUGCUGAAACCAAGAACUUUGCCUCACUGACCUCUAGUACCGUUUACUCUCCAGAUACAAAAAACGUCAAACAAAAUUUUAUCUUACCAGUUUUUUUAUUAGUUUAGCACUGAGGACUGGGAACGAGAGUGUCUAAUCCUUAUCAGCUUUGUGGUUUUCGCUAUGUUAUUAUGUUGUGUGGAAUAUUUAAAUUUGCAUUCUGAAGAUUAUAGUGAAUUUGUUAACAAAAUAGUUAGAAGGCUGUUAAAUUUUUUGUUAAGAAGUUUAAGUCAGCUCAUAUUUUGUAGUUAAGCCUGUGUACACAUUUUAAUUUUUAUGGUAUACUUGGAAGGGAAACAAGUGA